AUGCCUCCCUAUUUUUGCUCCCCCGCCCCCUCCCCACUCAAUGUGGUGCUUGUGGCUCUAGUUUGCCUUGAUGGAAUAAUUAUUGUUGGCACCGCUUUCCCCCAAGUGCAAUGCCAACAUCAGCUAUCUUCCACUCCCACUCCUCGCUCAUCAGUCUGCAUCUACCUCCUUCACACUCUCCCCCUCACUUCCUUCCCCUUUCCACACCAACAGCACCAACAACGUCUGUGGGAUGGAGGAGAGGAGGCGGCGGGGGCGGCUGGGUCUAGCUGCUGGUAUGUGCGGUGGGCAGAGGAGGGCAAUGUGGUGGAGCGGAUGGUUAUCACCAUGAGGAUGCUCCACAGGCUGGAUGUCAUCAGCGACGUGGUGGUAGAGAUCAGUCCCCACGCACACCAGCAGCAUCUGCCUUGUAUCGGUCGUAAAGCCCACUCGUGGCUGCGACAUGGAGGCGGCUGUUGUGCUGCAGCAGCAUCAGUGGUGGUGGUGAAGGCGGUCAGCAACGAGUGUGGUGGAGGCAGGCGAGGAGCUGACCCAUGGGAGGCUGACCCAUGGGAGGCGGACCCAUGGGAGGCUGACCCAUGGGAGGCUGACCCAUGGGAGGCGGACCCAUGGGAGGCUGACCCAUGGGAGGCUGACCCAUGGGAGGCUGACCCAUGGGAGGUGGACCCAUGGGAGGCGGACCCAUGGGAGGCUGACCCAUGGGAGGCUGACCCAUGGGAGGCGGACCCAUGGGAGGCUGACCCAUGGGAGGCUGACCCAUGGGAGGCUGACCCAUGGGAGGUGGACCCAUGGGAGGCGGACCCAUGGGAGGCGGACCCAUGGGAGGCGGACCCAUGGGAGGCGGACCCAUGGGAGGCGGACCCAUGGGAGGCUGACCCAUGGGAGGCGGACCCAUGGGAGGCGGACCCAUGGGAGGCGGACCCAUGGGAGGCGGACCCAUGGGAGGCUGACCCAUGGGAGGCUGACCCAUGGGAGGCUGACCCAUGGGAGGCGGACCCAUGGGAGGCGGACCCAUGGGAGGCGGACCCAUGGGAGGCGGACCCAUGGGAGGCGGACCCAUGGGAGGCUGACCCAUGGGAGGCUGACCCAUGGGAGGCUGACCCAUGGGAGGCGGACCCAUGGGAGGCGGACCCAUGGGAGGCGGACCCAUGGGAGGCUGACCCAUGGGAGGCGGACCCAUGGGAGGCGGACCCAUGGGAGGCGGACCCAUGGGAGGCGGACCCAUGGGAGGCGGACCCAUGGGAGGCGGACCCAUGGGAGGCUGACCCAUGGGAGGCUGACCCAUGGGAGGCGGACCCAUGGGAGGCUGACCCAUGGGAGGCUGAUCCAUGGGAGGCUGACCCAUGGGAGGCUGACCCAUGGGAGGCUGACCCAUGGGAGGCUGACCCAUGGGAGGCGGACCCAUGGGAGGCGGACCCAUGGGAGGCGGACCCAUGGGAGGCGGACCCAUGGGAGGCGGACCCAUGGGAGGCUGACCCAUGGGAGGCUGACCCAUGGGAGGCGGACCCAUGGGAGGCGGACCCAUGGGAGGCGGACCCAUGGGAGGCUGAGGCUGCUAUUGAUCAUGCUUGA